AUGAAGGACGAAACCCCAGGACAAACGCCUGAAGAUUCACGCGUCGAUGAUCAGAAAUCUGGAGCCAAUCAGACGGGCAAGGAUCGGAAAUGCCAGUACUGUGGCCAAGCAUUCACAUCAUCAUCAUUGGGUCGCCAUCUUGACCAGUUCCUGUUUAAGAAGAAGCCUGAUGGUGUUCACGAUGUAGAGGAAAUCCGUCGCAUUCGCAGUGGGAUCACACGACGACAGGCUCGCACCGGCUCAAGCAAGCGCGACGAUAGCCCUGAUAAUCUUCAGAAAAAGCCCUCGGUCGAUCCUUACACAACGGGAGAUUCCGCCUCCAAAUCACGCGAUGUUCCUCCACGCAUGAUGUUCAACACACCGACUUGGCAUGCCACCGGCGUCAUCAAUGAUAUUCCCAACCCGAGUCGCGUGCUGGACGGACCUCGACCCAUACAACCUCAAUCACGAUCAGGAUCCCUACAGCUACCCGAUUAUGCAAGCCGAGGUGCCGUCCCUAAUAAUCCGGAUACCAUUAAGGCGCUCGAGCUGGCGCUACAUGAGGUGCUUGACAAUAUUAAAGCUGCUACUUCUCGUUUCCGACCUCGGCUAUCUCCCUUUGAUUUCGAUAUCCAAACCCAGAGCUUCCCCUCUCUUUGCCUCCAACUCCUUCCUCCUCCUCCGACACUGUUCGGAACCCAGCCCUUCGCCUCGUCAAACAGCUUUCCUCUCCAACCGCCUGGUCAUGAGCACCUUGAUAACGUUCGCCAAGCACUCUCUCGUAAGAUUGGGCAAUGGAUGUCCGAUCAGCUUUCUGCGGACCCGAAAUCCCAUACAAAACAUGUGGGAACUACACCGGAUCAAAAAAUGAUCUGCCAAACAGCCCAACAGCAUGAAGAAAUUGCCGUGCGACAUCUGGAGCUAGCUUUCAGUCAUUGGAUCUCACUCAAUUUCGAAACCCGUCGCGAGCAGUGGCAGCUAGAAACAGCUCGCGCGUUUGUCCGCGAAGUCGAUUCCCGCAAGUCCGUGGAUGAGCAAUUGGCCCGAGUUCAGCAGGAAGCAAAUCAGUUACGAGCGCAAGUGGAACGCCUCGGCUCAUGUCAGUGGCCCCGGGAAUUCACACUCUUCCCUCCAGACAUUCUCCCGAUUUCCAGGGACGUGGCUCGAGAAUUGGAUGCAAAGGAAAGUCAGAUUAGUCCUGGUUCUGCACGAUGGGACUACGACAACGUGGUCGCGAAAUGGAAACGCGUUGUUAUGCAUGAUAAAGGCAUAGGUCGGAGUGGAGUAACUUAUGCUCCUAGCAAUUCGAUACUUGACUCGGACCCCAGCCAUCCUGACGCGCGACCUCCAAGACCAGGUGAAGACACCUCAUCUCACCCAAAUCGUCUCCGGCCUUUACAAUCGGCCAUGGCGAUGAGCCCAGAUGGAGGUGCCUCAACGCCGGCGUCCUCGGCAAAUUAUGCGUCUCCAUACUCCCAUGCAGAUCCCCGCAGUCCACCAGCUGGAAACAUUGGACCCCCACAGUCUAAGCGUCCCCGCUUGAUAAAUGGGUCAGACGGCCCAACUGCACCUACUUCCGACUCAGCUCCUUCCUCGGCUAAGCCUGUGGGUCCUUGGCCGCCUUCUUCCUCCACACCUAUACUCUCUAACCUGGCUGCGCCUUCGGGCCAAACACCACCUCCAUCUACCAGGGGAUGA